CUCAUCCAUUCGAAAAAAAAUAAAUCAAAGAUAUCAGCGCGGGAGUUCAGUUUCUUCAAUGGAGACGAUUUAGAAGUAGGAAUUUGUAAUAACUUGGAGAAAUAUCAAAUCAACUUCCUUCUUAUUACAAGUAACUUCUUCUUUUUCUUCUUCGUUUCGAUUCAAACAUCAGAAUAGAAGCUUUCAACCUCGAGGAACAAAAUUUGGUGAAUUGAUUGUGAAUUAGUGAUGCCCUAGAAUUUUUUUCAUUUCUCAGCACAUCCAAAAGAAAGAGAUCUGAUUUGAUUGCGAUGAGGUGGUUUGCUAAGAUUGAUCAAACCGCUGGAGACACUAGACGACAAGUUGUUGAUGAUGCUGUAGCAAUAUUUCAUCCACCGUUUCUUCUGUUGGGGUUCUGGAUUUUAAUCAGCAGCAUCUAUUCCUUUAUGGGGUACGUUAUACUACGUGACUUUGCAAACCAACUCUAUCCGUCUACUGUCUUGGCGAUUGCUUUAUAUGUACUCAUUCCCGUCACGUUCUCACUAUACUAUCAGGUAAACCACGAGUCAACAUUUCGAUCUCUUAAAGAGACAUUGCAUGCUAUAUUGUGUGCGUUGUUUGCUCGAGGGGAGCCGUCGUUUGGUGAAGUAUUUUUGGCUGAUAUUAUCACUUCGAUGGCCAAGGUGUUCUCAGAUUCGAUCUCGGCUAUGUUUCUCUUGAUUCACCUUGUUGGAGUACCCCAAGUGGAUGCAAUUUUUGGGCCCAAGUCAUUUGCAGCACUUGUUUUCACAUGUUUACCAUUUCUGCUUCGCUUAUUUCAGAGCCUGAGAUUGGGUUUGAGUGGAAAAACCAUUCAUUAUUGGAACACAUUAAAGCACUUGAUAACAAUGUCGGUUACAGUGCUUUCAUCGUUCAAGUUUCUUCUCGACGAUGAAAACACUUGGAUAGCAAAACUCUUUUAUCCUUGGAUUAUAUUGGGCAGCUUGAAUACAAUCUCCUGCUUUGUAUGGGAUGUGAAAGUGGACUGCACAUUGACAUUGACGAGACGGAUUCCAGACAGACCGGUUCUGCGGUCUAGAAUUUUCACUGAAGAACAACGAUGGGCAUGGUAUGUAAUAGUAGUUGCCGACUUCUUCAUGCGUGGAAGUUGGACGCUGAGAUUGUCAACAAUUUUAUUCACCAAUACCUGGAUUGCCCUUCUCAUGUCUACAAUUGAAAUAGUCCGGAGGUCAUUUUGGAUGAUGGUGAGGAUAGAAGCUCAACUUGAGGACAUGCGGCUUGCUGCACAAAGUGGAGACGGAGCUGGUAAUGGACCUCAUGUUGGAAUGCCUCUUGGACCUUGAAGUAACACUUAUCCAGGUAAGAUGACGGAGCUGGUAAUGGACCUCAUGUUGGAAUGCCUCUUGGACCUUGAAGUAACACUUAUCCAGGGAUUACCUCAAGAAGGCUAUGUACGUGACCUGACAAGAGCUUCAAAUUUGAUGGAGUUCAUCAUAUCUCACAUUUUGUUAUCCUCGUCUCCUCUGGGAUUAAACAUAAAAGAAACUUCAAAGGGUAAUGAUGAGGCUAUGGUGAAUAAGGAAAGACAGAACUGGGUUCACCAGAAGAAAGGAGAGAUUAUCCUAUUUAGGGGUUCUUUGGUA